GGAACAGUGCAGGCGGAAAACAUCUUGGGGGACAUUUUUGACGGACGAACUAGUUCUGUUGUGCUCGUCUUUGAGUUUGUGUUUCCGGUUGUGCUCUUGCUUGAGUUUGUUUUUACACGAUGCUCCACAGAAUUCCGGCAUUUAUACGCCCUCCCCCUUUCUCGGGCCUCCCUUUGUCCUAUGGAAACCGGGACGUCUUGGUGGCUGUGCUGCCCGCGGCCCAGUCCGGAGUUGUCAGGACAGAAAAUAAUAUCCAAAGACAUUUUUGCACUAGCAGAUCGAUCUGUAGCAAGAAAGAUGACCAGUCUGUUCCAGCCAAUGAAAUUUCCCAGAAGGCCGCAGAGAGCCAAGGCAGGGGGAAGGAGACUUUGAAGAAAGACCUGCUGGACAUCAUUAAGGACAUGAAAGUGGAACUGAACACAGUGAAUGUAAAAACAACAAAGCCGCGUGGCAGAAAACUUCGUGCAAGUCUGGAGACUACUGUCGACAGGCUUCAGAAAGCUCCAGAAGGUCCUCCAAAGAAGAGAAAUGAGUUCCUGAGUCCUGAGUUGGUGGCAGCGGCAGCGGCCGUUGCAGAUUCUCUACCUUUCGACAAGCAGACAACCAAGUCCGAGCUGCUCAAGCAGCUGCAGCAACACGAGGAGGAGUUGAGGGCUCAGAAGGAGGGAGAGAAGCGCAGGGUUAGCUUCACUCACAUAAUAUCAAAUAUGAAAAUUGUCAAAUCUGAUUCGCUGAGACUGAAAACACUACCAAAGCACCAGAUUCAGUUUGACGAAGGAAUGGACAGUUCUCUUGACUGGGAGAAACCUACCGAUUUUAGAAUAAGGAAAAAUUUGUUCAAGGGGAAAAGACUUUUGAUUUUUGAUGUUAAGCAGUUUGCUGAUGAAGCACCUGAACCAGAAGCAUCGCCUUCCCUCUGGGAGAUAGAGUUUGCUAAGCAGUUAGCCACAGUAAAUGAACAGCCCUUUGCAAAUGGGUUUGAGGAGAUGAUACAGUGGACCAAGGAGGGGAAGCUGUGGGAGUUCCCAGUCAACAAUGAAGCAGGUUUUGAUGAUGAUGACUCAGAAUUCCAUGAGCAUAUAUUUUUGGAUAAGUACCUGGAGGAUUUUCCCAAGCAAGGACCAAUUCGCCUGUUCAUGGAGCUGGUGACCUGUGGCCUUUCGAAAAACCCAUAUCUGAGUGUUAAACAGAAGGUCGAGCAUAUAGAGUGGUUUAAAAAUUAUUUUAAUGAAAAAAGAGAUAUCCUCAAAGAAAAUAACAUAACGUUCACUUAACAUCAUGAAGAAAAAAUUUUAUUUAAACUGUUGAAGAUAUAUAUUAUACCUAAAUAAAAGUUUUAUCAAAACUC